AUGAUUCCAAAUUACUCUACUGAAGAAACUGUUAAAAGAAUCCACGUGGACUGUCCUGUUUCAGGAAGGCACAGCUACAUCUACAUUAUGGUUCCAACUGUUUACAGCAUCAUCUUUAUCAUAGGCAUAUUUGGAAACAGCUUAGUCGUUAUUGUCAUUUACUGCUACAUGAAAUUAAAAACAGUAGCCAGCAUCUUUCUUCUAAACCUGGCACUGGCUGACUUGUGUUUUUUAAUAACUCUGCCGCUCUGGGCAGCCUACACAGCCAUGGAGUACCAGUGGCCUUUUGGCAACUGCUUAUGUAAGCUAGCAUCAGCAGGGAUAAGUUUCAACCUGUACGCCAGCGUGUUCCUCCUCACGUGCCUCAGCAUCGAUCGCUACCUGGCCAUAGUGCAUCCGGUGAAGUCCCGAAUUCGGCGCACCACGUUUGUGGCCAGAGGGACUUGCAUUGCCAUCUGGCUCCUAGCUGGCGUGGCCAGCUUGCCUGUCUUCAUUCACCGUAACAUAUUCUUUGCCGAGAACUUAAACAUGACAAUCUGCGGUUAUCGGUACGACAACAACAACACAAUGCUCCGGGUAGGGUUGGGCUUAUCCAAAAAUUUGCUGGGCUUUUUAAUUCCUUUUCUGAUCAUACUGACCAGCUACACCUUAAUUUGGAAGACCCUGAAGAAGGCAUAUCAAAUUCAAAAAAAUAAGACUAGAAACGAUGAUAUUUUUAAGAUGAUUGUGGCAAUAGUAUUUUUCUUCUUCUUUUCCUGGAUUCCUCAUCAAGUGUUUACUUUUUUGGAUGUGUUAAUUCAACUGCAUGUAAUAACAGACUGCAAGAUCACUGAUAUUGUGGAUACAGCUAUGCCCUUCACUAUUUGCAUCGCUUACUUCAACAACUGCUUGAAUCCUUUCUUCUAUGUGUUUUUUGGAAAAAACUUUAAAAAAUACUUCCUUCAGCUAAUAAAAUACAUUCCUCCAAAUGUCAGUGCACAUCCAAGCCUAACAACAAAAAUGAGCUCCCUCUCCUAUCGGCCACCAGAAAAUAUACACUUGCACACUAAAAAGACCGCUGGGGCUUUCGAUGCUGAGUGAU